CCUUUUGUUACUGUGGACAAAUACCACAAAGUACAAUUACAGCCCUCAUGCGUGCCACAUCCACAGCAUUGACUGCAUCAUUCUACUUUUAUUUCACGUCCGCUUGCUCAUCCAGAGUCUCAUCCUCUCUUCCCUCUUCUUAUCUUCAUUCGAACAGGAUCCAUUACUUACAUUCAUUUCGCUUUUCCACUUCUUCUUAUCUUAAGAAAAUUAAACGACCUGUACCUAUGAGUUCAUCUCAGCCCCGCAGCAGCAGCAAUUCUGGAAGCCACUCUUCUUCUGCUGAAGCCGCUGACCCACACCCAAUCUUUUACAACGUAUCCACUCGCACCUAUCGUCCCACAAAUGGGAUUCGUAAAAUCACUCCGUCCUAUCUAGUCAAGGCCAUGGAGGAUCCUGUCACGUUGACGAGCCCUCAAAAGAUCCUUGUCAUCUUGGACCUGAAUGGUACACUCUUUUAUCGCAAUAAGCAGCGCACUGUAACGAGCCGUCCUUACUUGGCUGAGUUCCUUGAUUUCUUAUUCAAACACUGUCGAGUCAUGGUCUGGUCGAGUGCACAACCACAUAGUGUGAAAGCCAUGCUAAGCUUUGGGUUCGGUAACCGAGUCUCAAAGCUAGACCGUAUCUGGACACGAAAAGAUUUCAGACUACCUGAUAUUGAUUAUUCACGGAAGGUCUUGACGGUCAAGGAUUUGGAGUUUGUUUGGGAUGGGAUUGAGCGGGAGAAGGCUCAUGUGGCCACUUUGGUGAAUGCAACAGAUUCUUCUAAAGAUGGCAAGUUUCUGGUCGAUUUCGAUCAAACAAACACAGUCUUAAUUGACGACUCCAAAGACAAGGUCCAGCUACAGCCGCAUAACGGCAUAGCGCUCCGGGAUUUUGAUGCCGAUCUGGCAAGGUCAGGAACAGAUGACGAGUUGCUCAAAGUCAAGAAAUAUCUGGAGAAACUCAUUUAUCAGAAGAAUGUCAGUGCGUACAUGCGCCUUCAUCCCUUCGAUACGGACGCACCCCUAGAAGAUUAUACUAAUUCCACCGAGGAUAUUCCAGCUCACAACACAUCCCGGCGAAGAUCUUCAGAAGUUGAGGGUUUGAUCGAUCAACUGCAGAAAAACACUCUUACCAGCUGAUCGCACAUUGAAAACUCGGCUUCAUAUUCGUGUUUACCUUUGCAUAUUCAUACC